GCCUCGUGCUUAAACGCUUAUAUCUCCAUCCAGUGGGCGCAGGCCCAUAUAGGUUGAGAUGCAUCUACAAUGGACCUGAGACGUACCUCUCCUUCUUCCCUCUCAAUAUGUGCUCUCCUGGCCUCAAGCUGCUGCUUGCAACGUUGCCAACGCUGCUUAAAUACUUCGUAGCUAUCGCUUUGCUGUACUAUGGGACUUUGAAAUACUUUGACUUUGAACUCCGCUGGCCUCUAUAUUGUAAAGUCUUGGCCAGUCUUGGGUUGAUUAUCGCCUCCACAUUGGUGCAGGUGAAAUGGGGGCAGCUGCGGAACAAAUGGGCAGCAAGGAGACUCGGCGCAGUCCUUCCGCCUGUUAUCAAAGGCCGUCUACCCGGCAACGUGGAUACUCUGCGCACGGUUUUCGAGCACGAGAGAACCGGAUAUACAGGUGAUUUCCUCCUGAUCCAUAUAAAAGAUCUUGGUUGGACGUUCAACUGGAGAAUUUUCGGGAUGGAUGACAUUGUCACGGUAGAACCUGAACACAUCAAGGCCAUAUUAGCUACGGAGUUUGAUAACUUUGAGAGAGGUGAUACCUUCAAGGACGUUAUGCAAAGCGUUCUCGGAGACGGUGUCUUCAACGCGGAUGGGGAUAUGUGGAAAUUCCAUCGAUCAAUGACGCGUCCAUUCUUUUCGAGGGAUCGCAUUUCGCAUUUUGAAAUCUUCGGAAGGCACGCAGAUGAGGCUGUAGCUCUACUGAAUGCACGCAUGCGUGAAGGCCAAGCGGUUGAUAUUCAAGACCUCGUCGGACGUUUCACAUUAGACAGCGCAACGGAGUUCCUCUUCGGACACUGUGUACACGUCCUCCGCGCAGGCCUACCUUACUCUCCCAACCUCACAUUGUCUCAAGAAAAGAACGAACAACCACGGGAUACGGCUUCUGUGUUCGCGGAGGCGUUCAAAAAUGCGCAGUUAGUUGUUGCAUUGCGCUCACGCGUGGGCGAUUUGUGGCCAUUGUUCGAAUUUUGGAAGGAUAAGACGAAAGAUUCCAUGAAGAUCGUCGACGCGUUUAUCGAACCAAUCUUACAGGAUGCAGUUGCUAAACGAAAAGGACCUGUUUCGAGCUUUACUAGUAAAAAGGAAAUUGAGGAAGGAGAGACUUUAUUAGAUCACUUGAUCAAUUUCACGAGUGAUACAAAGAUUCUGAAGGACGAGAUCAUUAACAUUAUGAUUGCGGGUCGAGAUACCACGGCAGCAACAUUGACAUUUGCAAUGUAUUGCCUCGCUAUGUAUCCGAACGUGAUGAAACGGUUGCGAGAUGAAAUUCUGUCUGUCGUCGGAAAGGAGCGCAAUCCGACUUAUGGUGACUUGAAGGAAAUGAAGUAUUUGAGGGCUUUUAUAAAUGAGGUAUUGAGAUUAUAUCCGCCUGUGCCAUUCAACAUGCGCCAGUCAAUAAAAGCUACUACAUUGCCAAAUAAGACACCCGGUGCAAGGCCCUGGUAUGUACCUGCGCACUGCGGUAUCUCAUACUCCGUCCUUCUCAUGCAUCGUCGGGCGGAUUUGUGGGGACCUGACGCACACGAAUUCGACCCAGACCGAUUCCUCGAUUAUCGCCUACACAAGUACCUCACACCCAACCCAUUUAUCUUCCUUCCCUUCAAUGCAGGUCCGCGUAUCUGUCUCGGCCAGCAAUUUGCAUACAACGAAGUGGGCUUUAUGCUCAUUCGUCUCUUACAAGCUUUCGACAAUGUUUCUCUUGCGGAGGAUGCACAGCCCGAGGAUUCGCUCCCGCCACCAGAAUGGACUAAGGCGGUCGGGGAGAGGAAGAGUGUGGAGAAGUUGUGGCCAAAGAGUCAUUUGACAUUGUACAUAAAGGGCGGUCUGUGGAUCCGACUUCACGAAGCACCCGCACAUGAAUCUGUCUGAGAAUCCGAGAUAAUUUCGUUUCGCUCCCGUCUUUUUCAUGGCGCACAUUACCCGUGCCAGUCAUCUUGAUAAAUAUAAAUGUAUGAACAAGUAUUUGGUGUAUGCCAGGUAACAAAAGCCAAGGAAUCAAG